AUGACAACAAGAUAUAAAAUGCUAAUAGUUCCUUUAAUUAUACCCCACUCUGAAGCUUCCCAUCUAGAGCCAAAACAAAUUCUUAUUUUGCCGGUAGAGCUGAUCAUUGAAAUCUUCUCGAGAUUACCUGUUAAAUCUCUUUUACGAUUCAAGUGUGUUUCAUCGCAAUGGAGUUGUUUAAUCUCUAGCCCUAAUUUUAUCAAGACUCAUCUUAGGUUAUUUACUAAUAACAAGGAUUUCAUCCACAAUAGACUCCUAUUGACAUUUAUUCAACCUCACCGCCAUCUUAUGGACUGCUCCAUCAAUUCCUUGCUUUAUGAUUCUGAUCCUAAGACAUUUCAAUUGGAUUAUCCUAUGCAAAAUCGUCGUAAGUUACUUAAGAUUUUAGGUUCUGUUAAUGGAUUGAUUUGUUUAUCGAUUGGCAAGGACUUAAUUCUUUGGAACCCGUCUAUUAGGAAGUUCAAGAAAUUUCGUGAUCCUCAAUGUGGUUGCUAUGUGUUGCAUGGUUUUGGAUAUGAUGAGCUUCGUGAUGAUUACAAUUUAGUGCUUAUUUCCAAAGAAGAGGUCAGAUUAUAUAGUUCAAAUAGUGAUUCAUGCAGAACGUUAGUGUAUGAUCGUUCGGUUAUGGCGGUUAGAGAGAAAAAUGGUAUUUUUGUGAAGGGGAAGCUUCAUUGGGCUAAAUCACUUUCACAAGAUCAAGAUCAAUAUCAACAUUCAUAUAAUGAUUGGGACAUCAUUUGUAUUGAUGUGACUGAUGGAGAAUGGGGAAAGGUGGAAAAACCCUUUUAUGGAGAAGGAGAUUUUGAUUUAACGCCAUCUGUGGGAGUGUUGGGAAGUGAUCUUUCUAUUUUGUGUAAUAAUCAUAGCCUUCAAACAGAUGUGUGGAUAAUGAAGAGCCUUCAAACAGAUGUGUGGAUAAUGAAGGAUUAUGGAGUUAAAGAAUCUUGGACAAAGAUGUAUACCAUGAAUCGACCUAAUGGUCAUCCCCAAGGAUAUAGGUUUUCUCCGCUCUUUUGCGGGAUGUCAAAUAAAGGAGAAAUCUUUUUUGAGGAUGAUCAAUCAACUUUCAUUAUUUAUGAUCCAAAAAAUUAAUCUU